CCGGGCUGGCAGGCAGGUGAAGUGUUUGUGGUGAAAGGUCCCACUGUCGGGCGGAAGCCCCUGGAAGCAGCGCGAUCCAGGAAUGGUGCAAAAGCUGGACCAAAAACUUCCAGUGGCCAAUGAGUACCUGUUGCUCUCUGGAGGAGUCCGGGAAGGUGUGGUGGACCUGGACUUAGAUGAGCUCAACGUCUAUGCCCGGGGGACUGACUACGAUAUGGACUUCACCCUUCUAGUGCCAGCUCUUAAGCUGCAUGACCGUAAUCAGCCUGUGACACUUGAUAUGCGCCACUCAGCCUUGUGCCACUCUUGGCUGAGCCUGCGGCUCUUUGAUGAAGGUACGAUCAGUAAAUGGAAAGACUGCUGUACCAUCGUAGAUCACAUCAACGGUGCCACCAACUACUUCUUCUCCCCAACCAAAGUGGCCGACUGGUUCUAUGACUCCAUCAGCAUCGUCUUAUCUGAGAUACAGAAGAAGCCCCAGCGAGGGAUGCCAAAGGUGGAGAAGGUAGAAAAGAAUGGGACCAUCAUCUCCAUCAUUCUGGGUGUAGGGAGCAGUCGCAUGUUGUACGAUAUUGUCCCUGUGGUAUCUUUCAAAGGUUGGCCUGCAGUAGCCCAGAGCUGGCUCAUGGAGAACCACUUUUGGGAUGGGAAGAUCACUGAGGAAGAGGUCAUCAGUGGGUUUUACCUGGUGCCUGCUUGCUCCUUCAAGGGUAAGAAGGACAAUGAGUGGCGGCUGUCCUUUGCCAGGAGCGAGGUGCAGUUGAAGAAGUGCAUCUCUAGCAGCCUCAUGCAGGCUUACCAGGCCUGCAAAGCCAUCAUCAUUAAACUCCUGUCCCGGCCCAAGGCGAUUAGUCCCUAUCACCUGCGGAGCAUGAUGCUCUGGGCCUGCGACCGACUUCCUGCCAACUACUUGGCUCAAGAAGACUAUGCAGCCCACUUUUUGCUGGGCCUCAUCGAUGAUCUGCAACACUGUCUGGUCAACAAGAUGUGCCCCAAUUAUUUCAUCCCUCAGUGCAACAUGCUGGAGCACCUCUCAGAGGAGACGGUCAUGCUCCACGCGAGGAAGCUCUCCUCCGUCCGCUCAGACCCCGCAGAGCACUUGCGCACCGCCAUCGAGCACGUCAAGGCAGCCAACCGCCUAACGCUGGAGCUCCAGAGGCGAGGCAGCACCACCAGCAUCCCCUCCCCGCAGUCCGACGGAGGCGACCCCAGCCAGCCUGAUGACCGUUUGGCCAAAAAAACUGCAGCAGCUUGUGACUGAGAACCCGGGGAAGUCUAUCUCUGUCUUUAUUAAUCCUGAUGAUGUCACAAGGCCCCAUUUCAGAAUCGAUGAUAAAUUUUCUGAGCAUUUUGCUGCCUCUUUGUUUUUUUUUUCCCCUUCCUGAUUCUAAAACUCUCAGUGUGUGGUGUGGUUUGUGAUGCUGUCUUUCCGUUUUUGUUUUUUGGUUUUUUUUUUUUUUUACAUAUCCAGCCUGGAUUGGAUCUGUUAAGAACACAUUUUAAGUCUCCUGUUUCUGCAGGAUGGUGCAGGCUCUGAAGCAGUAUGUUACUAUUUCAUACUCUUCCUCUGGUUUUGUUGUUUACUUUUUGUAGUUAUUGUCACACAGUUUUUUGUUUUGUUUUGUUUUAAAGGAGAACGUGAGCCAUAGGUGAAAUUGCCCAUGAAUUCUCUUGCUUUUUUCUGUUUUAUACUUUGUACAGAUUUGUUACUAGGGAUGGGGAAACAAAUCUCUGACACUUAAGGAUUAUUUUUUUUGUUUUGUCUUUUUUUUAAAAAAAAAAAUGAGCUUUCAUCAUGACAGAUAUGUAAGAAUCAUCUGAACCUGGGAACUACCUGGUAUAGUAGCUGGAUUGAGUUCUUUUGACCAGUGUCCAGGGUACUUUUCCCCUUUCCACCCUACAAUGUAGACUCUGAAAGUGAUAAUGCUACAAAUUGUGUUUUGAAGCAUCUUCAUUGAAUGUAAUUGUCCUCAAAUCGGAACUUUGGAUGGUUUGGAAGGUUUGUUUGACAACUUUCUAAACAGAAUUAAGGUUUCCAAAUGGUAGUUUUAGUGAGUGUAAUUAUUUGAAGCCUUAUUUAAAUCCUGUUAAAGAACAUACCAUUAUAAUUGUUAUUUGCACUAAUGAAAUCUUUGCCAUUGUCAGAGUUCCAAUGUGUGUGUUUCAAUAUAAAUUGACAUCCACUGUUGAAAUGCUGUCAUUUUUUUUCAUGUAGCCCGUUUCUUUCAAUCAAUAGAAUGAUUCUUUACAUCUGUUCAGUUCUGCUUUAAUUGUGGGGUCCUAUUGUCCCCUCUUUGAUAUUCCUGGUUCCUAUCUUACUGAGAGAAGUUUUUAAAGCUUUACACCUGCUAAGGGACUUUACCUGAUGCUGGGGAAAAUAUAUACUUGAUAGAAUAGGUCUUUGUACGUCUUUCUUUGGGGUUAGAGAGAUAAGCUUUUUUGUAAAGUUUCUUUGCUUGUAAGAGUUUUAAGGAAAACUGGCAGGAAGAAUUUAUAAUCCCCAAAUAGAAGAUACCUGUUCAAAAGCAGGUUUCGCUAUAGAGAAGGAACCAGGACAUGUCUGUGGGGUGGCAGCCUUGGUGUCACGGUAUCCUCUUUUCAUGAAUGAAUUACUUGCCAGGUUUUGGUGCCACAAGCAUUAGCUUCCUGUUUUGGUAUGGACUCAUGGCAAACGUGUUUGAGAGGUCAGGGAGCCUUCUGAUCUCUCAAAGGGUUACAAUGAUGUCUGCUGUUGGAAAAGGUCAAGCAACAUUUUAGUUUUGAUCUUGAAUGUCCAGACUUGAAGGUUCUCUUUUGGCCAAUUGAAAUCAGGCAUAUGUGGUCGGUCUUGGGUUUUUGCAUGGGAAUUAAUGUAAUGCUUAUAAAUGAAAAUGAAAUCCUUCAACCAUCUCCAGUCAAACACAAAAACAAUGAUAAUAAAAAAACAUACUGGCUUUGGAAUUUUGUUGUUGCUAUUGUUAGUUUGUAAUCUGGAAAUUAUUUUCUUAUUAGUAAUACCAACAGUAAUUUUCAGUAAAAUUGGGAAUUGCUAUUGUCUUUGAGGCCAGAUGUUCAUGUAGUGAACACCCAGUGUUCUUUCUUCCCUUUCCCCAGUUUUCCUACUAGUAUCUACCUAUCCUCCACGUAAUCCAUGUCCUUCUCGGGAAAUGACUUCAUCCCCAGCUCCAGACUGCACUCUGAUUGGUGUAGGCCAAUUGUCGUAACCAUUUCAAUGGCCACAAUCGUUAUUCAGGGAUUGGGCAUGGAAUGUAAGCUGCUCCAGUUGGAGACGUAUUCAGGAUUCUAGCUUGGGAUGCUGGGCAGAGGCAUGCCUUCUAGAUACUGAAGAAGAAGAAGCAGUGGCCUCUGUCGCUCUGACAGCUAUCUCAUAAUCAUGACUAGAGCCAGCAUGUGGAUGAAACUGGCAUUGGUUGAUACUAUAGAAAGAUGGGGGGGAAAACCAAAACAAAGCAUGAGUCCCCAGACACUGCCCUGCCCCCUCGCCAAGUCUGAGGCCUCUCCUCCCACUGGAUUUUCUAGUUAAAUGAGUCAACACUUAGUUCUUUUAGCAGUUUGAACUUGGUUCAGUUCAUCAAAAUAGUUAACCUGGUGUACCAAACUAUUCCAGUGUAUUUAAACUAUUUAAAUUGAUGUGUGUUUCCUUUUGGGGUAGAUAUCAAAGAAAAUCCAUAUAGUUUUUCUAAAAGCUAUUAUUUCCUAUCUGAUUUAAUUAAUUCCAAAGAAUAUUAUAGCCUCUCUAACUAAUAAAUAUGUACCUGGUAAAGUCUUAAGAUUUAUGCUUUGAUCAUUAUGCGAAACUUCCUAGGUUAAAAGAAAUCGUUAUACACCACUGAAGUAGCAAGCAUAUUCAAAGGCGUUGGCUACCUUUAAAGUCAACUAUAAACUGCCAUAACUGUGUUUUGAAUUGGCAUCUCAAAUACAAUUAGCAAUAUUUAUGAUAUUUUAAAUGCUGUGCUUUCCCACAAAAUUUCAUUACAGGUGUCAUACGAACCUAGUUUCUGUGAUCUUCUUGGCACUUUUUUUCCCCUUCCUUUUGCCAUCGCUAAUCCUAGUGAAGAACACCACAAAUUCUCGAUUGUACUUAAUUUAAAAAGUUCAGAGGCCCCCAGGAUCUAGUCCUUUUAAAAUUCUUUUUUAAUUCCUGGAAUUUGCUAUCAGUGCCAUGAGCCUGAGACUCUUAGGCCAGAAAUUGUUGACGCUUGCUAGAAAUAGGAUGUCGUCUGAUACCUUUCCUUGUCUGAAACUUAGAAAAUCUUUGAACUGCUAACCUUUUCUUCUGAUAUCCAGAAGAUUGGUUAAAAUCACUUCUGUUUCAAGUACAACAUAAGAUGCCUUAAGAUUGGAGUCAUACUUUCAACAUUACUUAUAACAGAUUUUUUGGGGGGUGGGAAUUUACAGGCUGUGACUCAACAAGUUUUCAAUUCACCGAUGGGCCCUGGUUUCCCAUAUUGUAAGAGUAGAUUAUUUUCUACCCUCUGCCUUUCUCAUCUGAAAUGGAAGUUCCAAAUAGGAAAAGAAAAGAUUGGUUUUAGAGUGGAUGGAGUCAAUCAGGACCAGACAUUUUAAAAGGAAGAAUAUCCCUGAAAUGUACAGAAUUAUUUCAGAGGACACGAGAGGCAGGCAUGCAUGGCUGGUUUUACUUUCAGGUGCAGCUGUGAGGAAGCAGGGAGGAGGCUUCUGGGGUUAGGUGAAGAGCUCCUAAUGACUUGCACCCCCUCUUACACACGCACGCGUGUACUCGUUUUCACACCACUGAUUGCAGGUUUCUUUAGGGUGACUGUUUUGUAACACUUCCUGGGAGGAUUAAGCCCAUAGCUUAUUCACACUUAGCUGGUCAUAGCUAAGUGUUGAUUAUAUUGGAUCAGGUCAUUACCUUGCUGAGAAAAAUGUCCUGACCUGGAGUUCAGCCUUGGAUGGAAUUGCUGAGAAGGAAAAGGAAGCUUGUGCUGGACUCAGGUCAGCGGGCUUCCUGCUGCCCCAGAGCUCUGCCGUGGUCUUCACGGAGGUACCUGGACUUCCAUCCUGAGAAGCUAUCUCCAGAACCUUCUCUCUGGAGUCGUCCAAGCGCUGCUUGUAUGGCUGUUUUAUUUCCCAGCUGGUCAUUCAUAGAGGUCAGGGAAAGAUUUUUCUCUCCCACUCCCCGUAUUCUGACCUGGAGGAUAAAACUUUUUGCCAUUAAAUGGAACGCCAACUACUACUUAUAUUCAAGGAAAGAUGGGCAUCACCUCCUGUUACUGUUACUUUAUUAGUAUCAGGAAAAUACAUAUGCAUUUUUAAACUGAUGGAACUGAUGUAAUGAAUGCUCCUAUCAGAGGAAAAUAGCCGGUUUAAAAAAUGUUCCU